AUGAGAAAACUUUUGAAAACAGCAAUUGUGGAUAUUGAAAAAAUAAAAAGGAACAGUUGUGCAAAAUCUGAGAAUGUAUUUAAGGAAAACUUAAGGUCAUUAAUUAUAAAAAAUAUAGAUAAAUUUGAAAACGAAGAAAUUCUUAAAAUAAUAGAAAAAUAUAAUGAAAAUUGCUAUAAAGACCAUACAAUCCUAAAAUGUAGUUAUGACGUUUUUAAAAAAAACAUACACAGAUAUUCAUUUGACCAAAUAAAUAAAAUAAUGAAAUUAUAUCACGGAUCUCAAACCUACGAUAAACAAUUUAAUACAUCAAUUUUUAGUUACAUAAUUAGAAGGCUGAAUGCAAUGCCUGCAUUUGUGUCUGUAAAUGUCUUUCACAACCUAAUAAGAUGCGGAUUAAGAGAUUACAAUAAUAUCGAUAUAAUUAAAGAUCAUUUUAAAAAGAAUAUUGACACUUAUAAUACGUUAGAUUUAACAAUAAUUUUAAGCUCAUUUGCAUUAUUGCAAGAAGAGUUUUUAUUAGUGUCUACAAAAUCAUUUGAUAAAGAAAAUUCUGAUGAAGUAAUUUUAAAAAAUUCUUUAUCUCCUCGUGCUGAUUACAGUGAUAUAUUAAUAGUAAUAUUAAAUAAAAUAAGAAAUGAUGAAAUUAUUCAUAACAAUUUGAGUGUAAUAAACUCUAUCUUAAUAUUGAAUAUGAUUAGUAGGACAAAUAUUAGUAAUUAUGAAAUUUUUAAAUUUUUCACAAAAAGGUAUUAUAAAAAAUUAAAAGAAAAAGAUGUAGAACCUCAUCAUUUGACUUUAUUGCUAAAUUCAUUUGCAAAAUGUAAUAUAAAUAUUAAUAUUCUUAAGUAUAUUAUUAAAUAUAUGAACAAUGACAAUUUUAUUAACCAGCUCUCUUAUGUAAAUAUUACGAAUGCUCUACACUAUAUGGCAAAAUUCAAUUAUAAGAAUAAAGAUUUUCUAAAUCGUUUAAAAAAAAAAGUGAUAGAACUUAUUGAUACAAUUCCGCAAAGGGAAUUUAGCAAUAUAAUGUGGUCAUUAGCUAAAUUAAAAAUUAAUGACCAUUCUUUUUAUUUUAUUUGUCUCCAAAAAAUUAAGAGCAUUAUUCAUUUAAUGGACAUGAUGUCAAUUGCUCAAGUAUUAGAUGCACUAAGAAGAGGAACCCAUGUAUCAAAUGAAGAAUUAUUUCAAAAUAAUUUAUUACAACAGGAUAGAUGCAAAAAUGGAACCAUCAAAUUAAAUGAGUAUUCUGGAAAUGGUACCAAAUUAAUUAGCAACAUGAUUAAGAAAGUAACGUUAGAACAAGGGCAUGCAUUUUCUACUUCUGACGAAGAAGAAAAGGUAAGUAGCAAAUGUUCCACGCCGUUGAAGGAUCAACAUCAUGCAGGAAUAGAGGAGUUAUUACAUCAUGAUCCCAUAAAAAUAAAUACAGAUAAAGUGUCUGAAAGGAAUAUUGAUAAUGCACUUAAAAAUUAUGAAAAUGUAGAAAGGGAUAUUAUUCAUUUAUUAAUACAGAAAUAUUUAGCAAAUAUAGAAAAAUGCUCACUCCAUGUAUUAACACAAGUUCCAUUUUGUUGUUUGCAACUUAACUGUACAAACUACAGUAUAUAUCAUAAAUCUCUAGAAGUUUUGAAAAGGAAAAAAAAAUAUAUGAGCACUUUAAAUUUAAUUUAUGCAAGGUAUUUUAUUAGAAUUCUCAUUGAAAAACAGGAAAACAAUUUUCAAAAAUUACCGCGUUCGGUUAAGCAGUUUGCUAAGGAAAUCAUGAAUUCCGACAAUAGUUAG